GUUCCAAUACGAACAGCUGAUGGUAUACAAAACAAAAAAGGAUGCAUGAAGGAUUGUUAGUAUUAAAUAUCAAAAUAUAAGUGAAAAGUUGAAAGAAUGGCGCGUAUUACAUGGCGGGGCAACUGGGCACAAAACAUAGUCUCAAUACUAAGACUGCGCUGGGCUUACAUGAAGCAUUGUUGGCAUUCCUUAACGUUCAACGCGCACAUGAACUCUGGCUAUGCCACGGAUGUGUGCAUGACACCCAUCUUCUGGAUCGUCGACAACUAUACUUAUUGCCUGGGUCCAUUUUUCGUUGUGGGCGUUGCCAUUUUAACCACUGCCAUUGUCAGCAUUGCCUAUUGGAUUGGCUUUCCAUUUUGGUGGGCCAAGAGCCCAGCUGUCACCGUAUUCCUGCUCAUAUUUGGCAACUGGAUACUGCUCAACAUCAUCUUUCACUAUGUGAUGGCUGUGAUCACGCCCGCCGGACAUCCGCCCGAAGGCGUUUCCCAGGUAGAGGCAGUAAGCAUGUGUGCCAAGUGCAUUGCCCCAAAACCACCACGCACUCAUCACUGUUCCAUCUGCAACCGUUGCAUAUUGAAGAUGGAUCAUCACUGUCCUUGGCUUAACAAUUGCGUGGGCUAUGGGAAUCAUCGCUACUUCUUUCUGUAUAUGAUUUAUACAACGAUGGGCUGCCUGUUUCUGAUCAUUGCUGGCUUGGAGAUUGGCCACAAAUAUCUGUGGUUAGAUCAUAGUGAUAACUGGACAGAGCUGGAACCACUUGAAGGACAUCCCGUGAAAUUCAAUCUUACUGGGCACAUUAUACCGGUGACACAUCCCAAUGAGUAUGAUGAUGUCUUGUUGCCGCCAGCUGUACACAAUCUGCCCGUUCCUGUUGACGACCCUGAGACUUCUUCGCCUACACGUCGACGCGUUAUGUGGUUCAUGGCAAUUACCAAUGUCGCUGUGGUUAUUGCUCUCGGCAGCCUUUGCAGCUGGCAUGCUAAGCUAAUAACUCGCGGCGAGACGAGCGUCGAGGCGCACAUUAAUGAGGCGGAGACUAAGCGCUUGCUGCAGCAACAACGCAUCUACAUCAAUCCCUAUAAUUUUGGCACCAAAAAAGAACUGGAAACUCUUUUUGGGCCUCGUACGUGGCAGAUCUUUUUUGGCGCACUGUGUUGCUGCCGUCGUGGCACAAACCCGAAGGAAACGGUCUCAACUUUCACACCGUUCAUGAUGCUCCUUUCGAGGAUGAGUGGCCGUAGUCUUUAG